AUGAAUUUCCGCACGCUAUUGGCGCCUGUCGCUAUCCUGCUCUCGUUUUCGACCCUAGCGCUCGCGCAAGGAGGAACUAUCCUCUACAAGUUCAUGUCACAGAUGCAGGACCUCGAGAUGGCAUUCAUGGACGUCGCACCAACAACGAGCGAGGAGGCCACCGGCAAGGUAGCUGUCUGCCUACACGGCAAGAACUUCUGCGGACCGACCUGGGAAGCGACCGCCAGAGCCCUGGCCGCCGAGGGAUACAGGGUCAUAUUGCCCGAUCAAGUCGGCUUCUGCAAAUCUACGAAGCCCACGUCUUACCAGUACACGCUGCAGCAACUCUCGUACAACACGUACAACCUGCUGCAGGCCCUGGGCAUCGGGAAUGUCACCGUGAUUGGCCACUCUUUGGGCGGAAUGACGGGCAUCCGCUAUGGCCUGAUGUACCCCGAGAGCAUAGACGAGAUGGUGCUGGUCAAUCCGCUAGGUCUUGAAGACUGGAAGGCGUUGGGCGUGCCAUACCGCAGCAUAGAGGCGCUCUACACAUCCGAAUCCGCGAGCAACUACACCUCCGUCCGAGCCUAUGAGCAAUCGACGUACUACGUCGGACAGUGGGACGACUCGUACGACGUCUGGGUCAACAUGCUGGUCGAUAUCUACGAGGGAAGUGAAGCAGCGACAUUCGCUUUCGAUAUGGCGCUGACUACCGAUAUGGCGCUCAGCGGCCCGGUGGUCUACGAGUUCGGCCUGCUUCGGCCGCGCACUCUGCUGGUUAUUGGCGACAGGGACAAUACGGCGCUGGGCAAGCAGUGGAGCCCGCCUGAGGUUCAGGUCAGGCUCGGUCACUACGAUGUUCUGGGGAAGCGGGCUGCGGCGGCGAUGCCGGAUGCGACACUGAUCGAAUUCCCUGAUCUGGGGCGUAUGUAUUCAUCAGUCAUCCUGCUUCUGGCCGGACGUGAGCGUGAAGUGAUUACUGACUCGUUCUUUCAAUAG